CUCUUCCGUGAAGCUGCGGACGGCCUGGCCUGACCGUGGUUUGGCAGAUCGCGCGGCUCAGCGUCGUUUGAGAACGAGGAGUGUCGGAAACAGAAGUACCACUACCCAUCGGAUUGCAGCACCGCACAAGCGUUAUCAGUCAUGGAUUCAAUGCCCUCGCUUCCGAUACCUGAAGCUUUGACUGUGCCAACGGCGGAACCGGCGAUAGCAUCGCCGGUCAUACUUUUGAUUUCUGGAUUGUUCGCUGUGGUUGCGGUUUUCGCGCUGUUAUGCAAAGUUUACGCUCUUGUGACCGAGGGGCAUUAUGUCUGCCGCAAAGACCUGACCGGGAAAGUUAUCAUCAUCACAGGAUCGAAUACAGGCUUGGGGAAAACCACGGCGAUGGCUCUGGCCCAGUGCGGGGCGAGAAUUAUUCUGGCUUGCCGGACUAUGACCAAAGCAGAAGCCGCACGAGAUGAAAUCAUCAAGGAGACCGGCAAUAAAGACAUACACUGCAAGAAGUUGGACUUGGCUUCGUUUAAAAGUGUUCGAGAAUUCGCAGCCGAAAUCAACGCUACCGAGAAACGAUUAGAUGUCCUGAUCAACAACGCAGGUCUACUGACGCCCGCUGAACAUAUGAUAACCGAGGACGGUCACGAGGUUUCGAUCCAAUCGAAUCAUCUGGGGCAUUUCCUCCUCACAAACUUAUUACUGGGUCUCUUGAAGAAAAGCGCUCCAAGUCGGAUUGUGGUCGUAGGAUCAUGUGGCCAAUGGUUCGGCAAUAUGAACCCCGAGAAACCCUUGAACUUCUCGCGGUAUCACUUUCCGCUCUUCAAUUACUGCUCCACGAAAGUACUCAAUAUGCUUUUCACGGUCGAGCUGAGCUGGAGAUUAAAGGACUCAGGCGUAACGGUGAAUUGCGGUCACCCCGGGUUCGUACAGUCUGACUUCGGAGUCGGCGACGAUUCCUACCAAGCUUGGCUCUUCACGCGGCUGCUGAAGCUCUACGGAAAGACACCCGAAAAAGGCGCCAUGACUAGCGUCUAUCUCGCUACGUCGGAUGACGUCACCACAUCGGGACGAUAUUUCGCAGACUGUAAUACAGCCAUCGCGCCCUUCUGGGCAAUUAAUAAGGGCAAAGCAAAAAAGCUCUGGGAGGUUUCGGAGCGCAUGACCGGUUUGGCUUUCACGGCGUGAAGGAUCGCACGUAUUCCACAUUUUCUCAUACCUUCGCCUAGCUUGAGCGCAAUCGAGACAUGGGGUUCCUCUUCUGCAGUCGUUGUUACUCCUCUCCGAUCGCCGCGUCUCGAAAUAAUCGAUGCAGUCGACAUUGUAUAUUUAUUAGGAUGAAGACGAUAUUAUGAAAGAGAGUUUCUAUUGUUUAGUUUAGCGAAUUUCAAUUUCUUUGCACGCGAGUCCACAAAAGAAUCCGUGGGAACGAAUGUAUGUCACGAACGUCCCUGCGAACUUGUAGAAAUUGCGGAGAUCCGCCCUCUUCCCUCUUCGGCUGCUGGAGAGAGUUCGACGCAGCUGUUGCUGGCGGAUCUUUCCAAGUGUUCUUCUGCAUCCAUACUGUGUAUAAUAAUUUUAAGAGUUGCGUGUCGGUCGCCUCUCUGAUCGACCGACGAGUCCGGCUGAGAAGUUUGAGCCAUCAUCUUCUUGCUCUUCUCGACUGACUCCCUGUGUUCCCCGAAUUCGAGUCCAUCCUCUCCAAGAACAACACGAAAUUCCGACGGCCCAAGCACUCUGGCCAGAAGCCAGAGAGACCGCUCAUGUCGUAUAAGACCUCAGUUAGA